AUGGGUUAUUUAAUGCCGACAAGAUUUUUAUUGUGGGUAAUAUUUUUUUUUUAUCUAUCUAUCUAUCUAUCUAUCUAUCUAUCUAUCUAUCUAUCUAUUGGUUUGGUUUGUUUUAUUUUUAUUGUGGGUAAUAUUUUUUUUUAUCUAUCUAUCUAUCUAUCUAUCUAUCUAUCUAUCUAUCUAUCUAUCUAUUGGUUUGGUUUAGUACUUAACGUUAUUGUUCCAUUUUCAGGGGGAAGUAAACGUGUGCAUUUUAUCCUAGAAGAAUUUGGCGUUUGCUGCCAAAUGGUUCCGUUUCUUUUGUUUUACGUAGUUUUUUUUUUUAUCUCUUUACUUUCCUUCUUUUUGUUCUUUCCUAUUUUUUUCCGUUUUAUUUAUUUUCUUUUUAUUUUCCACUUUGUCGUUUUUCUAUUCUAUAAAUUAAAAUGUCUUUCUUUCUUUCUUUCUUUCUUUCUUUCUUUUUCUUUCUUGUUUCUACGUCUCUUUCAUGCUUCCAUUAUUUUCACUAUCUCUUCUCUUUCACUCCUAUUUUUCUUGUUUUUCUUUUUCUUAUUUAUUCAUUCUUUCGUUUCAUAUAUCUCUGUUUUACUUUGUUCAUAUCUCUUCUUUUACCUUUUUCUCUUCCGUUCCGUUCGUUUGCUCUUCCCUUUUUUAUCCUCUCUUUCAUUCAUUUCUUUCUUUCUUUUUUUCUUUCUUUCUUUUUUUACAAGAUUUUCAAGUUUUUCCAUUUUUCCGUUUUAUGUUUUUCAAUUAUUCUAUCUUUUUGAUUUCCAUUUUUUCGUUUUCUUCUUUUCUGUUUUGGUAAAUAUAUUUUUCUUUCUUUCGGUGUUAUGUCUUUUCUUUCCUCCUCGGUUCGACCCCACCAACACGUCUCAUUCAGUCAGAUUGUUUGCUUCCUUUCUUACUCUUCUCUACUUCUUUUCAUAUGAUGAAAUCUUAAAUGAAGCCAAUCUAAAAACCAGAUCUCUUUGUCACUCGUCUAUUCUGCACGUCCGUCAUUUUCCAAGGUGCCUAUACCAUUAUUUAAAUUGA